UGGAUUCUGAAAUGGAAAACGAUCAGUCACUUAGCUUCAUGGCUGAAGUAUCAAAGAGACUAUACACACUAACACUGCACAUUUAUGACUCUUCUCUUUCUACUCAAAAGUGUAAGUUCUCUUACAAGUGAGAAGACUCUGAGUGACUUGUAAAAGUUGAUUUCUUAGAUUUAAAGAUGCAGUAUGUGUUCUUAAAAAAUUCUAACCUGAGGCUGAAGGUUAAUAAGACUCAGUUGUUAUCUUCUCCAGGAUGCAUUAGUCUCAGAUUGGGUCUAGAUAAAACAAUUAUGGAUCUUAGUGAUACUACCAUAAAGUCGAUGCCUUGUCUGAUACCUCCAAAUAUUAGCAUUCACUGAAAUUGUGGCGAGAGAGUGACUGAAAAUAUAGAAACUACUAUUAAUUCUCCUUCAGCUAAGUGGUUUGAGACUAUUGAGCUUUGGAAAUGUCACGAAGAGGAUUAUUCCCACAUGCUAACUGAUGAGAAGGGCAAGUUACUGAUUGCUCCAAGCAGAGGAAUUCUUAAUUUUACCACUCUGACUGUAAGUAAAGAGACUUUAUCUGAAGGCUCAAUAAAUGGAACUCCUAAAUCGGAAAUCUUUUCAUGCCUCAAAUGAUCACAGGAGUUAGGGACAGUACAGUUUGAUGACCAAUAUAAUUUUAUUAUUGGCAGAUGCUUACUAUUCCAAGAAUCUCAAGAAACAGUUGAGCCAUUCUGUUUGGAUCUGUACAAAAGUUUUUGCAAUAGCUUAAGAUCUGUAUAUGACGAAAAUUUCACGAAAGAUAUUAAAGUGUCUUCUAAUGAGUCUUUUAAACAGAUCUACAUAAAAGUGCUGAGCAUGGACUCAUAUGUGACUUUUGGAAAUACUAUUUCGACCAUUCCCAAACUCGCCCAAAAAUUGGAAGUCUGAAUAAAAGUCUUAUUUUCCUGAGGAGAAGAAGGAAUAAAACUUGGCGAUAUUAAGAAAUGUCAGGAAUAUAGUUGCACUGAUAAUGAAAUAUUGGAGAUUCAACAGCACCUUCAAAAAGGGUGAGAUCAACUUCCAAGUGAGAUGCGAAAUUUUAAGAAGCUAUUUAAUGUUUCAUACCUAAAUUACAUCCCAUAAUAUCCGA